UCUCCAGACUACCUCCACAAGUUCGGGUACCUGCAGGCGGGGCGGCCCGAGGUGCAGAAUUUAGUGUCGGGCGUCGACGCCGAGUACUACGAGGACGACUUCAGGAUCGCGAUCAAAACGCUGCAGGAAUUUGGCGGAAUACCGGUGACAGGCGAAGUCGACGAGGCCACGAAAGAGCUCCUCAGUAAGAGACGGUGUGGGCGGCCCGACAGAGAAGGCUACGAAGAAAACUCCACCAGGAAGAAACGAUUUGCUUUUCAAGGAGCGACGUGGAAACAUACCAAUCUUACAUGGAGCCUGUCGUCAACGCGUCGCCCGGCCGCGCUGAGCGCAUACGGCACACGCAGUGUGCUGGCACGCGCCCUCGACGUGUGGGAGCAAGCCUCGCGGCUCACCUUCACGGAGAUCAACUCGGAUGACGCUGACAUCGUCGUGUCCUUUGCUAGAGGGCAACAUGGCGACGCGUACGCGUUCGACGGGCGCGGCUCGAUCCUGGCGCACGCCUUCUUCCCGGGCAGCGGGCACGGCGGCGACGCGCACUUCGACGACGACGAGCUGUGGCUGCUGCAGCCCAAGAACGAGGACGAAGAAGGGACCUCGCUGUUCGCGGUGGCCGCGCACGAGUUCGGGCACUCGCUGGGGCUCAGCCACAGCGCCGUGAAGGGCGCGCUCAUGUUCCCGUGGUACCAGGGCAUCCAGCCCAACUUCGUGCUGCCGGCCGACGACCGCAACGGCAUCCAGCAGAUGUAUGGUCCAAAAGAAAAGAGAGUAUGGGGAAAAAUACCUAACUGGACGCCGCCCAGGAGAACGCCUCCAACUACUACAACAACCACCACCACUACAACUAGAAGGCCACAUCACCAUCACCCCCACCACAACCCUAAUUGGCCUCACUACCAUCCACAAAAUCCUACAUACCCUACUUAUUACCCUGAGAAGCCACAGCGACCUCACAUACCCGAGCGGCCUCAUCGGAAUUCCAGUGAGGAGUACCCGCAGCGCCCGCACCCACGCCCCCGCCCUACGCCUCCUACUACCCGGCCGACCAGCUACCGACCCCGCUACCCGACCACGCGACCCGAGUACCCUACCUAUCCAAGACAGAACCCGACCAGGCCGUACCCGAACAAGCCGGCGUAUCAUCCCGAGAAACCCACAGCGAAGCCGACACCUUCCGACAAACCCGAUACUUGCGACACCAGCUAUGACGCCGUGGCACUUAUUCGUGGGGAACUGUUCAUAUUCAAGAAUAGAUAUCAUUGGAGGAUAGGGGCCCAUGGCCGAUACAAAGAAUAUCCCAUUGAAAUUUCAAGAAUGUGGACAGCAUUACCGAGAGACCUAACUCAUGUCGAUGCAGUCUACGAGAGACCGGACAAGAAAAUUGCAUUCUUUAUCGGUAAAGAACUGUACUUGUUCGAUGAAGUGAGUUUGGUCCGUGGCUACCCCAAACCUCUAACGGAUCUCGGUCUGCCCGAGAGCCUAGAGAAACUAGAUGCCGCGAUGGUUUGGGGCCACAACGGCAAGACGUACUUCUACAGUGGCACCAUGUAUUGGAAGUACGACGAAAAUGACGGGCGCGUGGAGCCAGAUUACCCGCGCGAUAUGUCAAUGUGGAAAGGCGUCGGCUACAAUAUAGACAGCGUCUUCCAGUGGAGAGAUGGGAAGACCUACUUCUUCAAAGGCAAGGGCUUCUGGAAGUUCAACGACCUGCAGAUGCGAGUAGAGCACGAACGCCAAUACGCUUCAGCGUCCUUCUGGAUGGGUUGCCCCGAGGAGCGCGUCGGGCGCCGCGCGCCGUUCCGCGCGCUGCCGGCGCCCGAGUCCACGCUGCGCUCGCCCGCCCCCGCCCCCGCUCCCGGCGCGGCCCCCGACACCCAACUUCUGCACUCUCUCACACCUUUACUCUCUACUCUUCUGCUACUCUAUGCCAAAUAUAUACCCUUCGCAUACUGAGGAACGGGUGCGAUAGUUGAUUAGAUAAAUAGAAGACUUCUUUCGAUAAUGGCACUUACUUCGUUUAUACAAAGAAUUGUUUCUUUCGUACCGCGACUACCGCGAGCGUGCUUUGGUAAAGGUGUGAUUGAGUUUUAAAAUAUCGACGACAACAUAUCGGAACGAUGUCGGAACUGAGUCUUAGAAUUAAGUAUUAAUAACUGCGCAAAAUUAUGCACUGCCCGUUUUAGUAUUAUGACUAUGACUAUUUACGAUAAUUACUAAACCUAUUAGCGUAAUUCUAGUACCUAUUGAUGCAAUUUAUUAUUUCUUAAAAUGUUGUAUGUACAUUUUGAUCUCAGUAACGAUCGAGUUCGGUUUGAUGACAUGUAAGGUAUAUAACACCAUUCGUUUAGCUUCUGUACAGUUUGUAUUGUCCUUCGAUGUGAACAUAUGUUAUUUUUAUCUAAUUAACGAUCUACAUAUUACACCUAUUAAUAAGUGUAUUGUUUUUACCUUUAUAGUAUAUAGUUAAUAUUUGUCUAUCUACCUACUCAAAUGAUAUCUACGGAACUGCCUUAAUUAGAUGUAAUGCAAUUUUAAACCUACUUAAAUUGUAUAAAGUAUUUAUUAUCUACUCCUCACUAUUACUUCACUCUCUUAAUAAAUCUUCUUAAUUAAUACAUUAUUGAUUAAAUAUCUUAUGCUGGUUAAAAGAGGUACACAUAUUCUGUAAUCUGUAAAAUACAUUCUCUAGAGUUAUGUACCAAUAUUCAUUAACAUAGCGAUACUGAUAAUGUAGCAGUUAAAAUUAUAUACUGAAGUGGUGUGUGGAAGAUUAUGGCCUUAUGGAACUGUGAAAUAUAAAAUAAAUUGUAUUAUGGAAUGAUAGAAAUAUGAUGGAACAGGGGGGCUAUUCUACUCGUCAAAGCAAUAGAUUGUUUUUGUGGUUAUAAAAAUAGGCAUAUGCCAUGUCACAAUCUGUAAUUUUGACCUGUGGAAUAAAUCCCAGCUGAGUUGCCAAUCUGGGAAUGCUUUUGGAACUUUGUGGAAUGAUUAUGGUGCUUAUUAUAGUUAGUUUUUGUACAGAAUAAAUUCUCUUCGAAUAUUUUGAUAAGUGUGUCAUUGUGGUGUCAUAUUAAACUUAGAAUUAUUAUAAUGUUGCCAUCAUAAAGCAACUCUAUAGGAUAUUUUUUCCACAAUGUUUGCAUUUAAAUUAAUAUUAUAUCUUGUGCAAUCAGCAGUUGCAAAUUAUAGAUACUGUUUCCUAAAUAGAUAUUACUUUAAAUCCAUUUGUGAAAACUUCUGUUUAUCACCUAACAAUUCCUUUCUGUUCUUUAAUAUUAAACAGAAGAAAAGUGUUUUAUUACCUAUUUUUGGUCACAAGUAAUUUAAUAAUAACUGUGAUAUUUACUUAAAAAAUGCCACAAUUGAUUGGCGAUAAAAAUAAAUCAAAACUUUUAUAAUCUUCUAUUAAAUAACCUAUAUUAUUAUAGUACAUAAUUUUAUAUCUUUAUGUAAGUCAUUUUAGUUACUAUAAUACAAUAUUGUAUUAAGAAUAAAGAACUUUUUAUGGAUGUAUU